GCGCGGUGCAGGAGCUGGAUUGCCGCGUCCCCUGCGGUGUCGCCUGCGUCCUCUUUGCUAGUGGAGUCUCGGAGCUGUGUGGCGGCGGGCGGCGUGAUGGAGAGACGCAGGAUGAACCUGCCCACCGGGCCGGACACGCUGUGCUUCGAUAAGGACGAGUUCAUGAAGGAGGAUUUCGAUGUGGAUCAUUUUGUGUCUGACUGCAGGAAGCGGGUGCAGCUGGAAGAGUUGAGAGAUGACCUGGAGUUGUAUUACAAGCUGCUUAAAACAGCCAUGGUGGAGCUCAUCAACAAGGACUAUGCGGACUUUGUCAACCUCUCAACAAACCUAGUCGGCAUGGACAGAGCCCUCAACCAGCUUUCUGUGCCUUUGGGACAAUUACGAGAAGAGGUUCUGAGUCUUAGGUCGUCUGUCAGUGAAGGAAUUCUGGCAGUAGAUGAACGAAUGUCUAAGCAAGAAGACAUUAGGAAGAAAAAGAUGAGUGUGUUGAGACUUAUACAAGUUAUUCGAUCAGUUGAGAAAAUUGAAAAAAUCUUAAACUCUCAAAAUUCUAAAGAUGCAUCUUCACUAGAAGCAAACAGCCCACUCUUGACUGGACAGGUUUUGGAGAGAAUUGCCACAGAAUUUAACCAGCUUCAGUUUCAUGCUGUACAAAGCAAGGGCAUGCCCCUUUUGGACAAAGUGAGACCUCGCAUAGCUGGCAUCACAGCAAUGUUGCAGCAAUCUCUAGAAGGCCUCCUGCUAGAAGGCUUGCAGACCUCUAAUGUGGACAUCAUCCGGCACUGCCUGCGUACCUAUGCCACCAUUGACAAGACACGGGACGCAGAAGCUCUGGUUGGCCAAGUCCUGGUAAAGCCAUAUGUCGAUGAGGUGAUUGUAGAACAGUUUGUUGAGUCUCAUCCCAGUGGCCUUCAACUCAUGUAUAACAAGCUCCUGGAAUUCGUCCCUCACCACUGCCGCCUUCUCCGGGAAGUCACAGGAGGAGCUGUGUCAAGUGAGAAAGGUGCUAUUGUUCCUGGCUAUGAUUUCUUGGUGAAUUCUGUGUGGCCAGAAAUAGUUCGAGGACUAGAGGAAAAGCUACCCUCACUCUUCAAUCCUGGGGAUCCUGACGCCUUUCAUGAGAAAUACACAGUGAGCAUGGACUUUGUACAGAGGUUUGAACGGCAAUGUGGUUCCCAGGCCAGUGUGAAGCGACUCCGAGCACACCCUGCCUAUCACAGCUUCAGCAAUAAAUGGAACUUACCUGUUUAUUUUCAGAUAAGGUUUAGAGAAGUGGCAGGAUCCUUAGAAGCAUCACUCACAGACGGGCUAGAAGACGCCCCAGAUGGAAGUCCAUAUUGCCUGUUGGCUUCUCACAGAACAUGGAGCAGCCUGGAGAAAUGCUGGUCCAAUGAGAUGUUUCUGCCUUUGUUGGCACACCGUCUGUGGAGACUCACCUUGCAGAUUCUGGCCCGAUUCUCUGUGUUUGUCAGUGAAAUUUCUGUCAGGCCCAUUUCAAAUGAAAGCACCAAGGAGAAUAAAAAACCUUUGGCUGGCAGCAAAGACCCUUCCGAAGACCAAGGAAGCCAUUCUUCAGAAGUACAGACACCAUCCAUUUCCAGCACUCAGCUGGUGUAUGUGGUCUCAGACCUGGACAGGCUUCAGGACUGGCUUCCAGAACUCCUGGAGAUAGUCAAGCCAAAACUUGAAAUGAUCGGCUUCAAGAAUUUUUCAUCUAUCUCAGCGGCCCUGGAAGACUCUCGGAGUUCCUUGUCUGCCCAUGUGCCAGCUCUCAGCAGCAGGAUUGUCCAGGACCUGAGUGAGUCUUGCUUCAGUUAUCUGAAGAGUGCCCUAGAGGUCCCCAGGCUCUACCGCAGGACCAACAAGGAAGUCCCCAGCACAGCCUCUUCUUAUGUGGACAGUGCGCUGAAGCCAUUUUUCCAGCUUCAGCAUGGACAUGGGGACAAGGUGAAGCCAGCAGUGAUGCAGCACUGGCUGCAGGAGGCUCUUUGUGAGAGCACACACAAGUACUUUGAGACUGUGUCUGAUGUGCUGAACUCAGUGAAGAAGAUGGAGGAAAGCCUGAAGCGCCUCAAACAAGCCAGAAGAGCCCCAGCCACCAACCCUAUCAGCUCCAGCAGUGGCAUGAGUGAUGAUGACAAGAUCCGACUGCAGCUGGCCCUCGAUGUGGAGUUCCUGGGAGAACAGAUACAAAAGAUGGGCUUGCAGACCAGUGACAUCAAGAGCUUCCCAGCCCUCGCAGAGCUUGUCCUUGCUGCCAGGGACCAGGCGACUGCAGAACAGCCCUAGGCAUCCUGUCAGGACCUGAAGCGGGGAGGAAAGCGACCCUUGUCCUCUGAGUCACCCAGCAACAGCCUGUGCCCCUGCCCAGUGUAUGUGGGCCAUCUUUCACCCAGAAAGAACCAAAAGCCUUUCCAUUGUAUGGAAGAUAGUUUUUAUGACAUUUGAAGCUUUUUACUAUAGUUUACUGACCAAAUUGCUUUAUUUUUAUUGUAAAUCUUACUGUAGUCAAGCUAAUUUCUACCAUAGGGUUAAAGCAAAUACACAGGUGUGACUAGUGGGCUGCCCUACAGAUGAAACACUGGGCAGCUUGGCACCAAUACAAUGUGGAAAAACUGUCCACAUCCCAGGAGACACUGUCAGCCUUGGGCCUCCUCAGAGGCUGCAGGGUGGCCAUCCCAUGUUGGCACUUAAGAAUAGCACUUCCGAUCUUGCCAUCCACUUCUGUCAGGAGCCAGAGCCAACAGCAAAGAUUCAUUUCCUAAAUAAAGCAAGUGUCUGCUACAAACGUGUAAGUUA